UCACAACCCUGAUAGAUUCACUGGAGCUAUCACUGAUAGACAGAUACAUGACAGCCAGGCAUGACCUACCGGGCACACAGGGCAAGCUGGAGGAAUGUUAUGGAGGAGCAAGAUAAUAGGGAGGAGGACCAGGCUGAAGGGGAUGACCUGGAGUCUAUGGGGUGGUUCCAUGAAAAUCUCUCCCGCCAUGCAGCUGAAGCUCUCUUGCUUACAAAUGGACAGGAUGGAAGUUAUCUCCUGAGGAAGAGUGACUCAAAAGCAAAUGUCUACUCAUUGUCAGUGAGGGCCAAGGACUCUGUUAAACACUUUCAAGUCCAUCAGUGUGAUGAAUCAAUCAAAUUUGGAUUCAAUGAAUUCUUAUCUGUGAAAGAUUUUAUCCAACACUUUGCUAAUCAGCCUUUGAUUGGAAGUGAAUCAGGAACUUUAAUCCUCUUGAAACAUCCUUAUCCUCGAACCGUGGAAGAGCCUUCAAUAUAUGAAUCUGUAAGAGUUCAUACUGCCAUGCAGACAGGACGUUCUGAAAAUGACCUUGUGCCUGUAGCCCCCUCAUUGGGCACAAAAGAAGGUUAUCUUACAAAACAAGGAGGACGCGUAAAGAACUGGAAAACCAGAUGGUUUAUACUGACACGUAACGAGCUGAAAUAUUAUAAGGACCAGUUGUCCCAGGAGCCAAUAAAGACACUGGACCUCACUGAAUGCAGUGCAGUACAGUUUGACUAUUCUCAGGAGAGAGUCAAUUGUUUCUGUUUAGUGUUUCCUCUGAGGACGUACUAUCUGUGUGCAAAGACGGGUGCAGAAGCAGAUGAAUGGAUAAGGAUUUUAAGGUGGAAAAUGUCUCAGAUAAAAAGACAAUCGACCAGAAGAUGAACGCAGCCGCACGUGAUCCGCACUAGGGAAGAGUCACUCAGAAGACCUCAUUGAUGGGACCAGGACAUUGAAAUCUGAACUGGACAUUUACAUUGGAAUAUGUGUGAACUGUGUUCUACAAAGAGAAAAAUAACAUUAUUCUUGGAGGGUGUUGUUACUGACAAAUAUGCUACCAAAUAAGUCUCACAGAAUCAUAGCUAGGCCUAAAUACCUGACAUCACCCUCAGAAUUUAGUUCCUGCCAAAUGCACGCCAUUGAUAUAUGGAAUAUAUGUUAUCUGCCAUGUUUCACCUACCAAGUUUUGAACUAUGCAAUGUGGGGAUUUAAAUUUAAAGGGAAUGUGUCAUCAGAAAAUUAGCUAUUGUUGAAACCACUUUUUUAUUUUACACAUAUUUCAAAUAAUUUUUGCUGCUUAUUUUUUAAUUUUCCAUGUCACUAUCUAUAUUUGAAAAUACAUAAAUAUUCCUAAAACUUUCACACUGGUCACUAGUUCUAAUAAUAGGCCAUGAUUUCCUCUUCUGUACAGGUAACUAUUCAGUAGUUAUUAUCAUUAUCAUCACUGGCAGAAUUACAAUGACAAGUAACACCUCUGUAUAUGGAGGAUCCACCAUUCACAAGAGGUGAUAACACAGCUUAUCAGCUCCCUCCUGACCUCUGCACAGGUCACAGAGCAUGCCUAGAAAACUCUCCCAUAGAAGUCAAUGGGGGUCAGCUCCUGUUCAUUGUGUCUAUGGCCCAUGUAGCUGCUCUCAAAAGACAGAAAGUCUUUCCAUAUUUUAGCCCUAGUGGCCAGUGUGAAAAUUGCAGGAUUUUAUGAUUUUAUUUAAAAUAUAAAUAGUGAAAUGGAAAAUUAAAACAAAAUUGAGCAAAAUUUUUUACAAAUAUGCUUAAAGGGGUUCUCCAGGAUUCACAUAUUGAUGACCUAUCCUCAGUUGGUGUCCAACUCCCAGAACCCCUGCUGAUCAGCUGUAGGAACAGGCUGCAGAGCUCUGUGAGAGCUUUCACUUCAAGUCAAUAGUGCUGUGCUGCAAUACCAAGCAGAGCCACUAUGCAAUGUAUGGCGCUGUGUUUGGUAAACUGCGAGAGCGCCGCUGCCUCCUCAAACAACUGAUCGGUGGGGGAUAGGUCAUUAAUAUGUUAAUCCCAGAGAACCUAUUUAACAUAAAAAUGUGAUUGAAACAAUAGGUCAUUUUCUAAUCCCACAUUCCUUUUUACCAUAAAAUGCAAUGCAAUGUGAAAUCACCAUGUUAUAGAGCAGGAGGAGCUGAGCAGAUAUAUUUUUGUGGGAAAGGAUUCAGAAAAACAUUCAGCUAUUAUCGUUGACUGAUAUCAUUCUUUAUGUAAGGGUGUCAGGAUUUGUCUGUCACUGACAACAUUGCCCUGUGUACAACUGAGCUCAGAAAAGACAGAUAAGGGUACUUUCACACUAGCGGCAGGGGACUCCAGCAGGCUGUUCCGGCGGGUGAACAGCCUGUCGGAUCUGUCCUGCUGCAAGUUCAUGUGUGCCCCCGGA